AACUGAUUGGUUAUGAAUGUGUAAAUGUAUAACAUGAAUGACAUUAAAACUCUCCUAUCGUUGCACGUGACAAAAUUGUUUAUAAAGUAUUAUUUGCUAAAAUAUUAGUUUGUCACACAUUUUAUUGUCACAUUUCUUGGUAAAACUUAUCUGUUUAUCAAAAGUCUUAAUGUGUUCUACAUUUUCCUUUUAAUUAACAUUAUUGAAAAUACUGUGUUAAUCAUACAUACAUAAAACGUAUUUAAAGAUUAUAAAUGUUAAGAGAAAGAAUAAAUAUAGAUAAUUGAUAUAUAUUCAACAAUAUGCAGAAAAAUAUAGACGACAUAUGCAAUGAUAUUGAUAAACUUUUUUUACGUAAUUUGGAACUAAUUGAGGAAAAGGUUUCUACAAAUGUUCAAAUGGAAUUGCUAUUUCGUUCAGGACAUAUAGAAUUAGCUAAAGCAAGAUAUAUCUGUGGUAAAGAGAAUGUUAGUAUUCUACAAAUUCCUGUUCAUACAGAGAAUAUAUCAUCUUUAUUUAAAUUAGAAUCUAAGUUUAUAAAAGAAUCUGAGGAUACAAUACCUUCUUUUGAUAUUAGUCUAAGGGAAGAAAAUGAAUUUGGAGAAAAUAUUCAAAAUCCUAUAAAAUGGUUUGGUGUGUUAGUUCCACAAAAUUUAAGAGCCGCUCAGAAACGUUUUCAAGAAUCAGUGUACCUUGCUACAAAAAUAGCAAACAUACAUUGUGAAUUGGAUUUUAUUUCAAAUAAAUUGAAAGGUUUAUAUCUUUUGAAAAGUGCACUUUGUAAACAAUCAGAAUAAUUCUGUUGAAAAUGCGUGGAUACAUUGUUUGAUAAUAUGUUUUAAUUAUAAUUUUAUUAAUAUACAAUCUAUUUUAUAUUAAUAUUUUAUAAUAAUAUUAACAAUGUAACUUUAAAAAACA